AUGGCUUGUCUUCCAACAUUGACACAACUGAAGACUAAGCACGUGGAUGUCUCCUCUCUUUGCCCCCUCUGUCAUAGUGCGGAUGAGACUAUUGUGCACUGCCUGAUUACUUGUCAGAUAGUUCAACUGGUAUGGAACAGAGUGGGAAUUGGAACAAGUUGCUCAACAGGUAGAUCUUUUCUCAAUUGGUGUAUGGAUUGUUUUAAGGUGUCGGAUAUCGAGCAGAAAUGCUUGUUGGUCACUCUUUGUUGGGCAAUUCGGGGAGCACGAAAUGAUCUUGUUUGGAAUGGCAAAAGUUUUUCGGCUGACAAUAUUAUUGUGUACGUAAAAGGUUACCUUGAUCAAUGGAGAAAUGCUCAGAACUCUAGAUUAGAGUCGUCGGGCUCUGGUUCACAGACAUGUCACGGUACUGAGUGUUGGACAGUUCCACCGAUCAAUAGAAUCAAGGUCAAUGUGGAUGCAUCAAUCUUUGAAGGAAGCCGCAACUUUGGAAUUGGUUUUGUUGCUAGAGAUGAUAAAGGGCUUUUCAUGGAGGGAGGCUCUUUGCUCAAACAAGGUGUCAUUCAACCUGUUGUUGUCGAGGCCUUAGGGGUCAAAGAGGUCCUCAGCUGGAUCAAAGAGAAAGGGUGGACAGGUGUGCAUGUGGAGACUGAUUGCCUCAAUGUGACUCAAGCUUUACGAAGUGCUAUUAAUAUGAGAUCUUUGUUUGGUAACAUUAUUAAAGAUUAUAAAGCUUUAUUAAGUGAUUUGUCUAAUGUUUCUGUUUAUUUUGUGAAACGGUCAGCAAAUAGGGUUGCUCAUAGCUUUGCUAGAGUGGCUAAUUUAUACCCUGGUCAUCGUUUCAGUUUGGAGUCUGUUCCAACUGAUUUGUUACCUCUUUUAAGGUAG